AUGAACCACUCUCCGCUCAAGACGGCCCUGGCCUACGAAUGCUUCCCCGACCAGGACAACUCCACCCUGGCUCUGCCCUCCGACCAGAAGAUGAAGACGGGCACCUCGGGGAAGCAGCGGGUCCGGGAGCAGGUGAUGAUGACCGUCAAGAGGCAGAAGCCCAAGACUUCCCAGGCCUCCACGCUCAGCCACUCCAACCGAGGUUCCAUGUAUGAUGGAUUGGCUGACAACUACAACUAUGGGACCACUAACCGGAGCAGCUAUUACUCCAAAUUCCAGGCUGGGAAUGGUGCCUGGGGGUAUCCGAUCUACAACGGGACCCUGAAACGGGAGGCAGACAAUAGGCGCUUCAGCUCCUACAGCCAAAUGGAGAACUGGGGCCGCCAGUACAGCCGCGGUCCCUGCCCCGGCCCGGGUAGCGACACCUGCUUCCUACAGAACAUCAAGGCCAGCCGCAGUGAGCCCGACCUGUACUGCGACCCCCGGGGUACCCUGAGGAAGGGCUAUGGGGGCGGCAGGGCCCAGAAGACCACUCAGAGCCGCUACAGCUUUUACAGCACCUGCAGCACCCAGAAGACUGGCAAAAAGUGCCCCGGCCAGCCCCCCUCCUGCACCUCCAAACAGGACCCUGUCUACAUCCCACCCAUCUCCUGCAACAAGGACCACUCCUUCGGACACUCCCGUGCCAGCUCCAAGAUCUGCAGUGAGGACAUAGAGUGCAGCGGAUUGACCAUCCCCAAAGCAGUCCAGUUCCUGUGUUCCCCCGAUGAGAAGUACCAAGCCAUCGGGGCCUAUUACAUCCAGCACACCUGCUUCCAGGAUGAAUGUGCCAAACAAGAGGUCUAUCAGCUGGGCGGCAUCUGCAAGCUCGUGGACCUGCUGCGCAGCCACAACCAGAAUGUCCAGCAGGCAGCUGCCGGGGCACUCCGCAACCUGGUGUUCAGGAGUAACCCCAACAAGAUCGAGACUCAGCGCCAGAACGGCAUCCGGGAGGCGGUCACCCUCCUGCGCAGAACUGGGAACACUGAGAUCCAGAAACAACUGACAGGCCUCCUCUGGAACCUGUCCUCCACUGAUGAACUGAAGCAGGAGCUGAUCAACGAAGCUCUCUCUGUCCUGGCCGACAGGGUCAUCAUCCCCUUCUCUGGGUGGUGUGAUGGCAACAGUAACCGGUCCAGGGACAUCGUGGACCCAGAGGUCUUUUUCAAUGCCACAGGCUGCUUGAGGAACCUGAGCUCGGCCGAUGCCGGCCGCCACGCCAUGCGGAACUACGGAGGCCUGAUUGACUCCCUCAUGGCUUAUGUGCAGAACUGUGUGUCCGCAGGCCGCUGUGAUGACAAGUCCGUGGAGAAUUGCAUGUGCAUCCUGCACAAUCUGUCCUACCGCCUGGAUGCCGAAGUCCCCAACAAGUACAGCCAGCUGGACCACAACGCCCGCCACGCCUACACGGACAAGUCUUCCACUGGCUGUUUCAGCAACAAGAGCGACAAGAUGAUGAAUAACAACUACGACCUGCCCCUGCCUGAAGAGGACACCAAGCCUAAAGGCACCAACUGGCUGUACCAUUCUGAUGCCGUCCGGACCUACCUGUCCCUAAUGGGCAAGAGCAAGAAGGAUGCCACCCUGGAAGCCUGUGCCGGGGCCCUGCAGAACCUCACUGCCAGCAAAGGGCUGAUGUCCAACGGCAUGAGCCAGAUGAUUGCGCUGAGAGAGAAGGGCCUGCCCCAGAUCACCCGCCUCCUCCAGUCGGGGAAUUCUGAUGUGGUCCGGUCGGGAGCAUCUCUGCUGAGUAACAUGUCUCGCCACCCUGUGCUCCACAGGGCCAUGGGUAACCAAGUGUUUCCUGAGAUGACCCGCCUCCUAUCUAGCCAGACCUGCAACACCAGCAACUCAGAAGACAUCACAUCUUCUGCCUGCUACACCACGAGGAACCUGAUGACCUCCCUGCCCCAGAUGGCUAAGCAGUACUUCUCCAGUAGCCUGCUGAACAACCUGGUGAACAUGUGCCGAAGCGGUACCUCUCCCAAGGCCGCCGAAGCUGCCCGUCUGCUCUUGUCUGACAUGUGGUCACACAAGGACCUCCAGGGAAUCCUCAGGCAGCAAGGGUUUGACAGGAACAUGCUGGGGGCCUUAACCGGGGCCAACACGCUCAGGAACUUCACCUCCCGCUUCUAAGGAGAGGCUGCCAGAGCUGGUUCAACCUGCAGAGAGUCUGGGGCUCAGGCCUGUGGGUGCUUCUUCUCUGAUGGAUCGCUAAGCCGUUCAUCCUUCGCAGCAUUUGCCAAAGCUACAACAAAUCGAAAAGCAAAAGAAAUUUGAAAACU